AAAAUAAGUGUUAGAUUCGUAUGGUUUACACUGGCGUCCCUUCUCUUCAGAACAGCUCUGCAAACGAGCAUUGUUUUCUUCAACAUUUGCAAGGUUGAAGUCAUCAAAACAAUCAGAUGACACGCUGCGUAUAUCUGGAUUGUAUGCAGCUAACAACUAACUAACUAGGCUACAAUGCUGAUUUAAAGAUCAAGUCAAACGUCGCCUUCGUAGCUAACGAGCUAUCUAGCGAAUCAAAGAUGGAUAGCUUCGAUGGCUAGCUGCUCAGCCAAAACGCUAGAAAGCUAGCUAGCCUAUUGUUUUGAUGUUACAUUUUCUUUCGUUGGUAUGUAUGUUUACAUUUCGCUUAGCUGGUAGAUAGCAAGUUGCUGGACACAUUUCUGCUCUGAUUUUGUAUCAUAUUGCUAGCCAGCUCAACACCAGCAGCUAGCCUUCUGGCUAGCUAGCUGCUAGUUAGAGAAGAAUGAGCAGAAAACAUCAUCAUUUUAAAGGAGCAGAAGUUAGCUGCUGCGUGAAAUAUUUUUUGUUUGGAUUCAACAUUAUAUUUUGGUUGCUGGGAGCGGCUUUCCUUGGAAUUGGAUUAUGGGCAUGGGCGGAGAAGGGAGUUCUGUCCAACAUCUCGUCCAUCACGGACCUGGGCGGGUUCGACCCGGUCUGGCUGUUCAUCGUGGUGGGCGGGGUCAUGUUCAUCCUGGGUUUCGCCGGCUGCAUCGGGGCGCUCCGGGAGAACACCGCCUUGCUUAAAUUCUUCUCUGUUUUUUUAGGGCUCAUUUUUUUCCUGGAGCUAACAGCCGGCAUCCUGGCGUUUGCCUUCAAAGACUGGAUCAAAGACCAGCUCAACUUCUUCAUCAAUAACAAUGUCAAGGCCUAUCGAGACGACAUCGAUCUGCAGAACCUCAUCGACUUCGCCCAGGACUACUGGUCAUGUUGUGGUGCUCAUGGGCCUAAUGACUGGAACCUGAACAUCUACUUCAACUGCACUGAGCUGAACCCCAGCAGGGAGCGCUGUGGAGUUCCUUUCUCCUGCUGCGUCAAGGAUCCAGCGGAAGACGUGCUGAACACGCAGUGCGGUUACGACGUGCGCCUUCAAGUGGAGCUGGACCAGCAGAAGUACAUCUACACUAAAGGCUGCGUGGGACAGUUUGAGAAGUGGCUGCAGGAUAAUUUGAUAGUCGUUGCCGGAAUAUUUGUGGGCAUUGCACUAUUACAGAUAUUUGGGAUCUGUUUGGCUCAGAAUCUGGUCAGCGACAUCAAAGCGGUCAAGGCCAACUGGUGACUUCAUGCAUGUGGAGGGGUUGGGGGGAGGAGCAGGGGGGCACGUGAGGUCACACCCCAGCCCCCUCACCCCCCGUCUCCCCG